GCAAAAAAAAAAUAUUGGUAUACGUUCUUUAACCUGGAAGCUUGACAGUUCAUCUUCGACAACGGGGGCACGACAUUUCAUGUGAAGGGGGAGAUAAACGUAGCGGCGGUGCCAGUCGCUCUCUCUCCCUCUGUCUUUCGUUCUGUUUGAUACGACAUCGUCCAAAUCUGCAAUGUUUCUCAUAUAUAGUGUACUCGUUUCUUGUGGCGUUCGUCUGGCGGUACAUAUAUGGACGCAUGAACACCAACAUACAAGCAACUAGAAUCACACAUUGCUCGAAACAAACUAUAUUUAAACUCGAGUCAAGCCAAAUACAAAUCCAACAAUUCAGGAAUAUGAACUUAUAACGAUUACUCCACAUUUUCCUUUUUUUUUUUCUCCCCCCUUGCCAUCAACAGACUGUUAAACAAUCAGACAUUUCGUGAGGUGAUUUGAUGUUCUGGGAUUUGGUGUUCUGUGCACCCACAAUGCGACGCCGGAGGCAGUAGCAGCAGCAGUAAAACUCGCCAAGAUGGCGGAAAUCAAUGAGUUUUAGGGCGUUACGUAUCCUUCGCAGGAAAACACACCUUUUUUUCGACUCCGAGCACGAGACAGAAAGUCGAUGUUGGAAAAGGCGCUCUUUUUAUGAAGCCAUAAAGUUUAGCUGCAGUAAAAAUUUUAAUGAUCUAUCCAUAGACUAUACAGGUUGACUGAACCCUACGGGCAUAGCAAAUGCACUGGGCGUAGGGAACUCGCCCAAGUCAUUCCUCGAGGCAAAAAAUUUAAAAUAAUACAUGUAUAAUAAAAAGAUGGAGGGGGAUCUUCGUGUGUAUGUGUUUAUUGUGGUCACAGCACAGCAACGAUUUUAAAUAAAUAAGGUAAAUAAAUAUCACGCCACCUGCCGGUCCCAGGUGUCGGAAUAGCAACAGGUGAGCAGCUCCCAUCACUGUGGGUUGUCCAAGCAUCAAGUCCUAUGCUUCUCCAUUGCCAGUCAGGGCGGGUAGGCAGCGCGGGUGGCAUGAUGUACCGAUCUCGAGAAUUAAAAACUGCCCAUUCCGUGUUAUCUUUCUGGGGUUUCCAUUAAUUUAAUUUCAUUGGUCCAGUCUCUUUCUUCUGCGUCAAAAGUGCAAGAAUUUAACACAGCUUUAUAAAAAAAAUUACCUCUCAUAACGGAAAAAAUAAUUCCCCAUGCUAUUCCAUUCCCCAGACACUCAGUCCUGUAUGCAUAAUGUAUUUUUCAUUCUACCUUCAUUUUUUGUGUUGCAUUUGUUUUGUAUGGUGUCUUUGAACUUCGUUGUAGGCUUCCAUUGUGAAUGGAUAGUCAAGUGGUUGGCGCAUGUCCGAACCGAGAGGCUCUCAGGUUCGACACCCAUGUAGCGCAGCUUACUUACCUCAGCUGGCGGAAAUGGGUACCUGACUCCACAGAGGGAGUCUUGCAACUGUUUUGCGCUGCUAUUGUGCCGGCGCAGCAUUUCUAAUCUUCAUGUACCUUCCCACUAAACAUAACAACCGUGUGCCCUGAUGUUUACUGUCUCCAUUGCUGUUUGGACAUGCAUAGACACUUUCAUUGGGCGUGUUGAGUUGUGAGGACUGUAAUUAUUUUGUCGCUGGAGAUUCGUGUCCUUGAAUAGCUCAACACACAACUAUAGACUCUUUUUUGUUUUUUGUUGGUUUUUUUUUUUUUUGUUUUUUUUUUUUGUUUGUUGGUUUUUUUUUCUUUUGUUUUGUUUUUGUUUUUUUUUGUUUUGUUUUGUUUUAGUUUUUCAUUUUGCAUGAGAACUAAUAGGCCGGACAUCAAGGGAGGCAAUAUAAAAGUGUGAAGGGCACUCUUAAAAACAUUGAAAGAAAAUAUUACAAUGUUUUAAACUAUUUCCAAGAGUGCCCCUCACACUUACUUUACUUUAAGUUAUAUGUGUUAAAGAAAACCCCGAGACAUGAAAAAAAGUAUUUUUCCAUUUUCAGUAAAUUUAAAAUAAAAGUGUGUUACAAAAUUUUCGUUAUUUUAUUUUUACCUUGUAUUUCUGUCUGUUGCAAUACAUCGGUAUGAUAUGUUUCAUCUGUGUUUGAAUGUGUGCUGUGAGCAUUCUUAAUCUGUAUUUGAUUGUCAUUUGUUUUCAUUUAUGUAAAGCACGUUGAAUCUACACUAAAGAAAUGUUAUAUACAAAUUAUUAUUAUUUAUUUUUAUUUUUAUUAUUAAUAAAACAAUGAAAUGUAAGAGGUGCCUCAAAUGGAAGACGGUGGCAAAUCAUCUUUCGCCGUCAGUGACCAGAACAUCCAUUCACAGAGCAGAGGGAGAUUUCCGGUCUCUGCGAAGAGCCAUCCUAAAACCAAUGACAACUGUCGAGCAAACUAAUCAAACCGCCGCAGAAUCUCCUACCAGGUGAAAAAAAAAUAAUUAUAAUGUAUUCCAUGGAGCCCAUUAGCAUGCCUCUUUGCGACAAGUGCACGCCAGGGUGUGAACAUCUGCACAAAGGAGAUUCGCUGGGGUGCGAGUCAGCCAUCCAUUGCGUGUGCCGUUGCACCCGUUUGAGGAUCUGCCCGAACCACCCCACCACACCCCUACCCCCGACCCCACAAAAGGUCGCCGAGAGAGGUCCUUGGGAUGACGCCGUCAGUUUUAACGCGAAGCCGUUGAAGGCCUGUCGUCAGACACGCAUUUGGCGCACAGAGCUUCGCCACGUUUGCGGCGCCGACUUCGAUGUCGAGGUGGCUCACGGAGGGACUCCGAAGUUCGCUGGUGUGACCAGUGCAUUGACAGAAGAGAGGCUGGUCGUUGUGGGGAGUCCGUAACAAGCAGUCUACCCCUUUUUUAUCAACCGAACGACUUAGUUGGCCUGCCAGCCAUCCCUGCUGUCAGAGGGUCUUACAUAAAGUUAACGAUCAAAUAAGCGAGCCGCUGUGGGUCCCCAGGGUAUUUCGAGGGCGCAUUGCCUUGUGAUGGAUUGCGCAGGAAAGAGUGAGUGAAGUUUUGAAAGAGUUCGAACCGGGUCAUCUCCGACAAAGGUGCAUAAGUUCGACUGUUCCCACCGGUGCGUUAAGGUUGGCCAUAAUUUUCGCCUGGGAAAAUUAAGUUAGGCCUGUGUAGAGAAAGUUCACCAGUCGUGAGGGUUCCACAGGGCUUCACUCUCAGAUUCGGCGAGUUGUGAAGGAGCCAAGUACUGCAGGACAGCUCCUAGUUCUCCAAGAACGACUAUUAGUGCGCAUCUAUUCAAGUAAAUAAAAUCUUCCGAGUGCCUGCUUGAGUAGUGUUGUAACAAGCUGGUCAAAACUCGGAAUCUUGGUUGUUCUUUCUGUUGGACGCUAGUACCUCGUUCUUGUCAUCCAGGCUGCACCUACCUUGCCAGCUGAACUCUCCGACCAAACCUGACCGAGGAGACGCACCAUCGUCAUGGAGACUGCCAUCAGGACCUGGCUCAUGCGCCUGCUGACUUUGAUUGUCAUCGGAAGCCAGUGUCUGCUGUCCACAGGUAUCAAACGAGAAGACAUAAUCAAGAGUCUGGUGAACAAUAAUUCAUACGACAACAGCAUUCCGCCGAACUUUGAAGACGAUUUUCCAACGGAAGUGACGAUUCAGUUGUUCGUUCUUAGCUUCAACUCCGUCACGGAAACCUCGAUGGAAUACUCCAUGACCGUUUUUCUCCGCCAGAGGUGGGUGGACAAGCGACUGGUAUGGAACGACCAAGUGAUGGCGGCCUACCUCCACCCCAGCUACGGCACCCUCAACCCGACGAGUAGGAGCACCUCCGGCCAGCAGCAAGGCAACGGCACAGUCACCCCACCGGCCCCGACCGUCAACACCUCGGGAGACGGUUCCCCCAUGGAGGGCUUGGAGCGACUAGAGGUGGAUACCCGGUUGAUCGACUCCUUCUGGCUGCCAGACCUGUACCUCGUUAACGGCAAGGAUUCCAAGAUACAUGACGUCACGAUGCCUAACCGCCUGUUGCAUAUCUAUAGGAAUGGUACGGUGGCUACUAGUGCCAGAAUCUCAACAGUUGCAAGUUGUGACUUGCACCUUAGUAAAUAUCCUCACGAUGUGCAAACUUGCUCCUUAUCCCUUGGCAGCUACAGCUACAGUGUGGAGAACGUGGUGUUCAAGUGGCACCCAGUGCCAGUCAUCUUUCGAGAGGGUGUGACCCUGCCACAGUUCGAGGUGGAGAAUGGUGGAGUGGGUGCCUGCAAGAUCCAGUCUGAUUCAUACAGCAUUGUCGUAGGUAACUACACGUGCAUCAGCGCCGACUUCAAGCUCAAGCGACAGGUGGGCUACUACAUUGCUCAGGUGUACGUGCCCUCCGUACUGAUCGUCAUCCUGUCCUGGGUGUCCUUCUGGAUCGACCUGGAUGCCACCCCGGCCCGCGUGUCGCUCGGGCUCCUCACCGUCCUCACGCUCACCACGCAGAGCACGGGGGAGAAGGCCUACCUACCCCGGGUGUCCUACCUAAAGGCUCUCGACGUCUGGAUGGCGGGCUGCCUGGUCUUUGUGUUUGCGGCGCUGCUGGAGUUCGCCUAUGGCAACGUACAGUCCCGGGUGUCGAAGAGGCGCAAGGAUACUCCGAGCAACAUAACCAGUCAGACGAACCUUAGCAUCAACCCCAGUGGCCCCCAGCUGUCGCAGCCGCCAACCCCUCCACCCAUCGCCAUCACCAACCCCUGCUUUGGCGACGUCCUUACAAACAGCACAAUUGGCAACGGCUCCUUCGGUAACGGAAGCUUUCGGCGCGGCAGCCUCGCUGCUCAAGAUCACCUCAGAAAGAUGAGUCAGCAGGAGAUAGAGCAGUUGGAACUCGAAAUCAGCCAGAUAGCCGCCUUCAUGAAAAGUUUAAGCAACUUGGAGAAAGCACGGAUGGUGGAUAAAGUCUCACGAGUAGCCUUCCCGGUCGCCUUCAUCAUCUUCAACAUUGUGUACUGGCUGGUUUAUUUAGUAGAUUUUUGACAUCUUUGUUUCAGAAAAAAAAACCAAGAAAAAAUGAAAUGCAAGGGGAAAAGUGUAUCCUAUGGACCUUUCUUGCACUCAAAUAUAGUCAACCUAGAACAUAUUUGUCAACGAAAUCUGAAGACAAAAAAAGUCCUCAGCAGUCAAACAAGAAAUACACUUUCAACAAAGACCACUUAUAUAUUGCUAAUAUCGACUGUGACCAGAUUCUUAAGCCAUUGUCAUGCUUGGCUCAUCUUAACUCUUCCUCUUCUCUGUAAAUCUAUUGGUCCCAUUGCACCUUUUGAAUCUUUAUGGUCAGACACGUAACCUAAAUCACACUUUGUUUUUUUGUUGUUUUUUUUUUAACAACACUUGAACCAGUCAGGCCGUUUCUGUGCAUUUCUCUACUGUCUGAGGAGUUUCAGCUGGUACAGUGUUUAAUUACCAAGAUCAUGGUGUAUCCUGUAGCCAAGACAGCACAUGACUUCAUGGUGGGAGUGGAUGCCAAUUUAAGUGGCUGUUCUGGAACAUGCAUUUCUUUGAUUUCUAAUGAAUUUCAACACAUGAACAAUGGUGUACAUGUUUGAUCACCCUGUUUAUCACAUAUUUUGGAAAGCUGGACUACCAAAAUGAGUUGUGUGAUUAUAUAACAAUGAAACACCUGUCCUGUAUUGACAGUGUUUAAGUAACAUUUGUUUUCAUUUCAUCAAAAUCAUUAGUGAUAGUGGUAGAUACAACAAUCUGUCAUCAUAACAUCAAAACUACUCUGACCCUGAACAUAUCAAUAUCAUUUAGUUCUGUUUAUCUGUACAGGUUUAAUUUCUCUUAAUCUGCUUUUUCUUUUUUUGCUUUGGUGCAAUGCAUUUCUUUGGGAAGUUUCUACCUCAAUCAUGCAGAAGUGCAUCACGUCAGAGAAUUUCUCGCACACUGCCCACUACAACAGUUCAGUUUAUUACAGGGACUGCCUUUUGCACAAAUCCCUUCAUCCAGAUAAUGCAUUUUGAAUUAGGACAACCAUUUAUAGUAGUUUGAUACAUGCAUGUUUUCCUACUAAUGCCAUCUGUACAUUAGCUUUCAUGAAAUUAGCAUCUAGAAACCUGCCAUCCUGCUCAUCAACAUCAGUUCCUAUCACAUUAUCAUUUUGAACUAAGCUGUGACACCACCUAACUCAAGAUACACCAUUGUUAAACUCCUCUUGUGUUUAUUUUUGCCAUAAGGAUUUAUGUGUUGCUUUCUCCAGUGUUUUUAAGUUUGUAGAUGGAAACUAAUAUUUGGCACUGCUGCAUUUGGUUAUUUUUUCCCCUUUCAGCCAGUCUUCUGUUGCUUUAUAUUGCUUUUCCACAUUAGUUUGUGUGCAUGAGAGUCAAGUCUGUGAAUGAGGAAAACAAAAAUGGAGAAAAUUAUUUAAGGGAAAAGCAAAGAGCUUGGCUUUGGGUUUGCUGGGUUUUCUGUAGCCUUAGCAUCUGUAUCUGUGCUGCUCAGUGCUAGGAUUUUUUUUAUUAGUUGACAUUUUGCUCAAUCCCAAAGAUUAUAUGCUAUGUGUGUUUCCAUGCAUUGAAGUUUUUUUUUUAACUAAACAAUUGACUUUUUCAUUUAUAGGCAAAUGUUUCUUUUGAUAUGUGUGGCCCUUGAGGGAUAAGGCAAAUUGUGAAAAAUUAUACACCGUUACUUUUUAAGCUUUGGGCAGGUACUUAAGAGAUUCUAAAUUAUUAUCAAGAGUUUAUGAGUUUUUUCCCCUUAUGUUGGCAAUUCAUUGGCUCUUUGUCAAGUCAGUAAGCAGAUAUUUUCCUGUAUACUUGAUGUGAUGAUAUCAUUUAUUUUCCAACACCGAAUCGUAACUAGUAGAAAAUUUUUCUAAUGUAUACAAGAAUUUACACAAAAUCCCGUUCACUUUAAAAUACAUGAAAUGUUUUCUU